UUCUUCCUUAAAAAAAGCCAUUUGGCUACUUUCAAGCCGGCUUGAGUCCUACAUAUUUACCAGAUUACCCCUACUGUCACCAUCGUCUAAGUUUAUCCAAAGGGUAAUAUCGUAAUUUCGAAAUAACCAAUCUCCCACGAUCAAAAACAGCAAACCAACGAAGGCGCGGUUCGUCUCGAUCCCGUCCUCUCAUGGCUGCUGCUGCUGCUGCUGCAGGGACGUCGUUUGAUUUCGAUUUCGAUUUCAAUUUCGAGCUCUUCACGUACUCAUUUAAUCGAUUCAAUCUCUCAUAGGCCCCUGAUUUUUGGAUUUGAUCAUUUGGAUUCCGAAGUUUUCAGGUGCACCGUCUGAAUAAUUCUGACAGCAUAUAUGUACAGCAACUCCUCACGCUUGUCAUGUGCCACUUCGUGUACAGUGUUUAUAAAUAAAACAGCGGACUUGCGAAAAGCCAAGGGAAUGUCAUUAUGUCAGCACCUGGGAAGUUUGAUUAUUCUUCCGGUGGGCCAGAUAGGACUACGUUAUACAGGUCCAACUUAGCUGCUGCACAGAUGGAAAGAUCUAGUACCUUCCGCCAGACGGUUGAACACCAUCCUGUCUCAUCUUCUUCUCACCCGAACGCGUUGAGAAGAAGCACUUCACCGUUAGCACAAACCGACGUAACGAAUUUCUUUCAGUGUUUGCGUUUUGAUCCGAAGGUGGUUGCCGCGGAUCACAAGUCUAUUAUUCGUCACGGUGACUUUAAGCGUCAUGUGAAUAUCGCUCUUGGGAUUCAAGGAGAUGAAUCUCCAAGCAGAACGCUUAAAGGGAAGUUGAUUCCGUCUCCUGUACCAGAAGAGAUUAAAAGACUGAAGGCUGGUCUGCGCGAAAACAAUGUGAAGGCCAGGGAGCGUGUCAAAAUUUUCAACGAAGCGUCCUCUGUAUUUAACAAGUUUUUUCCUACCGUACCUACAAAGAAAAGGUCUCGACCGGAAGGGUUUUCCAGUGACCGCUUGGCUUUAGGGCCUGGUUUAGGUAAAAUGGGAAUUCAAGGUCAGACUCUGCCUGGCUGUUUUGAGUUUGACGAGCAAAAUGUGGACGAACGACCUAAAAGUGGUGCAAUAAAUAAGCGGACACGUACUUCCAUGAUGGAUGUUCGAAGUAAUGCUAUUGUUCGAGCUGCUGUAGAUAGGGAUAAAGACACAAUGAGGCUGGCAAAUCAUAAUGCAGUUCAGGGUGAAGAUCGAUCUUCAAUUGGUAUUGAUGGUUGGGAAAAGUCGAAAAUGAAGAAAAAACGAUCUGGCAUAAAAACAGAUGGUCCUUCUAGUUUGGCUUCAAAUAAAGCUGUUGAUGGUUACCAGGACUUGAAGCAGGGCAUACCAAAACCAGCUGGUGAUUCCAGGUUGAGAUUGAAUGGUGACUCGAACAUGUCAAGGCAUGGGGCAGUAAACGGGGCUGUACCAUAUGGAAGAUCUGAUAGCCUCUCUCGGCAGACAGGCUUGGCAGGGGGUUCCUUGCCCUCCAGAGAUUCAGAUCACAGUUCGUUGUACAAUGAGAAGAGAGAACGAGCUAUUGCCUCAGAUAAGGAAAGGGUGAAUCUCAGGGCUAUCAACAAGUCAAAUAUUCACGAUGAAUCCAAUUCUUCAAGCCCAAAAAUAAAUGUUACAGUUCGUGGUCCGAGAUCAGGAUCAGGGCUUCCGCCGAAACUUUCUCCGGUUGUCCAUAACACUCCUUCUCCAAGUGAUUGGGAUAUUUCUGGUUGUACAAACAAACCUCCAUUGUUGUCUGGGGUUCCUAAUCGCAAGCGUAUGACAUCAAACCGGUCUUCAUCACCACCUGUCACUCAAUGGGCCGGUCAAAGACCAAAAAAGAUAUCCCGUGUUGCAAGGAGAACGAGCUUGGUCCCAUUUGUUUCAAGCAAUGACGACAUUCCUUCAUCAGACAACAUGUCAGAUGUUGGUUGUAGUGAAACAAGUUUUGGAUUUCCUAGACGCUCGCCAGCAGCUUCUCCUCGAAUGAGAUUAAAAGGUGAGAAUAGCUUGUCUACAACAGCUUUAUCAGGAAGUGAAGAAUUUAGCCCCCCUGAGAUCAAAUCUAAAGACAAGGGAAAGCAAUCUGAUGAGGUUAAAGCUGCUCUGAAUGUUCGUAAGCUCUCCAUCACUGGUUUACAAUCGAGAAAAAACAAGCUUGUCUUCUCUGGAGAAGAGCUUGGAGAUGGUGUGAGGAGACAAGGAAGGACAGGCCGUGGCUUUGGUUCAACAAGGUCUGUAAACCCAAUGGGAGUUAUGAGACAUGGAACAACAAAACAACUUCGCAGUGCAAGAAAUAGUUCUGACAAGAAUGAAAGCAGGGUAGGUCGUCCACCCACUAGGAAGCUCUCUGACCGCAAGGCUUACAAACGUCAGAGAAAUACAUCGGCAAACGCUACAACACUAGAUUUUCUUGAUGAUGGGCAUGAAGAGCUACUAGCUGCUGUUAACUCGGCUAUAAACUUAGCUCAGAAUUUUCCUAGCUCUUUCUGGAAACAAAUGGAGCGCUAUUUUUGCUUUAUAUCUGAUGCACAUAUCAGUUUCUUGAAACAGCCGGGUGACUUCUCCUCCAUGGGUACUACACCAGUUGGGACAUCUUCAGACUUCGAUGGUUGUGAAAAAAUUCCCGAGGGACUUACAACCAGCAGAGUGGAUUCUAAAGCUUCGCCCCUUUAUCAGAGAUUGCUAUCAGCUCUGAUUUCAGAGGACUCAGCCAGUGUAAAUGAAGAUUUACAAUUUGAUGGAUUUGGGGCUGAUGCUGAGUCAGAAUUCAGUGCUUUGAAUCAUGUGGAGUUCAAUGGUUAUAGGUGUGAUAAACUGGAAUUUGAUGAGCUAGACGAUGAUGUGUCUGUUAUCCCGCUCAAGGGUGGUAAUAGCUCACCCCACAAUGUUAAUGGUAGAUUUACAGAUCACUUAUCCGCCGACUUCUCAGACAUUCAGUAUGAAACUUUGGGGAUAGAUGAGAAGAUAUAUUUGGAAGCUCAAUCUAUUGGCAUUUGCUUGGAACCUAUGGCUAAUAUCUCAAACGUGGAGGAUGAAGGAAUAGUUGACGAGAUCAAAACGUUAGAGGAGGCUGUCUACGAGGUGGGUUCCAAGAAGAAAGAGAUGUUGAAUCGGUUACUAACGCCUGCCCUAGAGAUGAAAGAACUUCAGGAGAAGUAUGAAUUUGUCUUCCUUCUGAUUUUCUUGCACGCCUUUAAUGAUUUAAAAUGCGAUCUGACUUUUUCUGAUAGGGAGUUUGAUCGGCUUGGUUACGAAAAACUCAUCGAAAUGGCAUAUGAAAAGAGCAAGGCAAGUCGGCGGCAUCACUCCGCUAGUGGAAAGAGUUCAGCUAACAAGAUAUCAAAGCAGGCCGCAUUUGCUUUCACGAAACGGACGCUUGGAAGAUGUCGACAAUUCGAAGAAACAGGCAAAAGCUGCUUUAGUGAGUCUACAUUCAAGAACAUCCUCGUUGCCGGGCUUACUCAAAUUGAAGAUAAUCCCACGGACAAGGAAGAUAUUUUAUCAGCUUCAACACCGUUGGGAUCACAGCCUAGCUCAUCAUUGGCAUUGCGAAUUAAGCAGAACACGGAGAAUUAUGCAGAUUCUUCUGAACAUACUUUACGGGAAGGGAAAGAUGAAACGAUGUGGUUAAAUAGAACGAAGGAGAGAGAGUUGCUACUUGAUGAUGUGUGUGGGACACCACUUUCAAGCAGUACAAAAGGGAAGAGAAGUGACAGAGACAGAGAUGGAAAAGGACAGGCUUCAUCAUCGAGAGGCGGAGGAACUAAAAAGAUGGGUCGGCCUGCACUAUCAAAUAACACCAAGGGUGAACGGAAAUCGAAAACAAAACCUAGGCUGAAAACAACUCCUAUGUUUUCUUCUCCUUCUGUCAGUAUCCUGGAGCAAAACAGAACAUCAUCGUCCAAACCAACUGAUAGCAACAACAGCGAGUAUAGUAACUUGGAGACACUGGACGAGACAGAGCCACUUGACCUAUCUGGCCUGCAGAUACCAGACGGUUUAGGUGGUCCAGAUGAUUUCGAUGCACAAGCAGGAGAUCUAAGCUCAUGGUUGAACAUCGAUGACGAUGCCUUACAAGAAAAUGAUAUAGAUCUCCUUGGACUUCAAAUACCCAUGGAUGAUCUUUCAGACUUAAAGAUGAUGGUAUAAGCUCCCACCCUCACUGUCUUUAUUACUGUACAGCCUCCUCUGUUAUACCAUUAGCGACAAAGAAAGAUAAGUAAAAGGAAAAACAAGUUUUGGUCCCCAGAAAGAAUAACCACUCACCACUCACCAGUCACCAUCAUCAUGUUUAGGGGUUCUCUUUCUUUCUGUUUCUUAUAGGUUGAUUACUAGGGAUGGUGGUGAGACUUUUUUUGUUUAUUGGUGAUGGGUGGUGUAUUUGGCUCCGGCGAUUAAGAUAGGUCGGUAGUUAAACGCAAGAUAAGAAAGAGUGAUAGUAAUGUUGUGUAGUGAUAUAUAGAUAAGUCUCAGGUUUUCUUUUUUCGCUUUUGUAACCUCAGAAUCAUUUAUUGUUGCCUCUGUACAUACAUUUUAUGUUCCUUAAUAAAAUGAGAUGUACUUUCUUA